AUGGCUGAAAAGUGUGAAACUGUAGAAAAUCUUAGUAAUAAUGUUAAAAAUAUAAAUAUAAAUAAUAAAACGAAUGAAAAUGAAUCGUUAAAUAAAAAUGUAAUUUGUGAAAAUAAUGAUAAUAAUACUGAAAAAUGGGGUAUUCCUCUACAGGAUUUAUAUAAAUUGGGUUUAAAAUUUUAUAAAGAUAAAGAAGGGAAAGCGAUAAACCUUUCGUACUUAAACAAAUUAAGGUUGGUUGCACUCAGUCAACAAGUUAGUCAAGGUCCUUUUAAUUUAAAAAAAGCUUCACCGUUAGGAGUUCUCGAUGUAAUUGGUAGAGACAGAAGGGAUGCUUGGCAAUCCUUAGGGAACAUGACCAAAGAUGAAGCUAUGACAGAAUUCAUUGAACUUUUAGAUAAACUAUGCCCAUUAUUUAAACCCUUUGUUGAAGCUCAAAAAACAGAUAUAGAAGAAAAAGCUAAAUUUGAAGAAGAAAGAAAAAAACAAGAGAUGAUUUUGGAAAUGGCUAGGCAAGAGGAAUUAAAAAAAGCAGAAGAAGAAAAGGCGAUUGCAGAAGAAAAAAAACGACAAAUUCAGGAUGCUUUGAACGCUCAUACAUUUCAACCAUUCAAGGCAUACGCUGAAGAACAAUAUCCUGGAAAUCCUGAACAGCAAGCAAUUUUAGUAAGGCAACUUCAAGAGCAACAUUAUCAGCAAUACAUGCAACAGUUAAUGCAACAACAGCAUCAAGCUGUUCAAACAGUAAAUAAUUCAUGUACAGAAACAGAAUCAGAAUCAGGUGCAGUGGGUGUUAAUGAAAAUGUCGAUAAUGUUAAUGAGUUAGAUGAUGAAUUACCUAGAAUAUCACCUCCUUCAAUGUGGACAAGAAAGGACAUAAAAGAUUUUAAAGAAUCAAUUCGUAAAGAAGGAGGAGAUGCCAUCAUUAAAGUUGGACACGGAGAAACUGUCACAGUUCGAGUUCCAACACACGAAGAUGGAAAAUGUUUAUUUUGGGAAUUUGCAACAGAUAGUUACGACAUUGGAUUUGGAGUGUAUUUUGAAUGGACCAAAUCUCCGACCAAUCAAGUUUCAGUUCACAUUCAAGAUAGUGAAGAUGAAGAUGAUGAUUUGGAGGAUGAUGAUGAUUUAGAUGAUGAUGAAGUUUUGAAAAAGAUAAAAAAAUCAAAAUCAAUAAAUACCCAGUUUUAUACACAAUCCCAUUGGCAUUUGCUUAAUGAGCCCAAAAAUAUUAAACGUUUUUGGAUCCCGUACAUAAUCGCAGAUUAUUCAGAAUUUGCCACAUGUGAAGAUAUCGAAAAGGGAUCAAAAUUAAAUAAAUUGAACGAUGGUAAAGAUAAACCUUUACUAAGCGCCAUCGUACCUAUUUACAGAAGAGACUGUCAAGAUGAAGUUUAUGCAGGGUCUCACGUUUAUCCCGGAGAAGGAGUUUAUUUAUUGAAAUUCGACAAUAGUUAUUCCCUUUGGAGAAAUAAGUUUAAAUUUGUUGAUACAAAAAAAAAAAAAUCUCUCGAGGCAAACCAAACAAGAUAA